CACUUUGUUUUUCAAUAUUAGGAUAUGAGCUAAAUCCAAAAAGGAGAACCAUACCAUGGCUACAGCUCUGCUCUCAUCUCCUCCUCUUCCAUUAUCUUCUUCAUCCAACCCUUCUAUCCUUCCCACCCGCUUAAAAAACCAGAGCAAGAUUCUAUGGAAGCAAAAGAAAUGUGGGAAAAUCAGGGCUUGCUCAGAGUUUUGCAAAAAACCCGCUUUGGAAUAUGGGAUUUCAAGAAGGGAUUUGGCCUUCAUUGCUCUUUCUUCUUCACUCUCUCUAAUUUUCCCACUUUCAGGUUUUAGUGCUGAGGAAGAGUUGAAAAUGGGUUCAUUUGUCGAUGAUGUAAAUUCCUAUUCCUACUUGUAUCCUAUAGAACUGCCUUCUAAGAAGUUUGUCUUCAAAUGGGUGGAGACCAGAAAACCAGAGCGUUAUUCAUCAGCUGCGCCACUAUCGCCUGAUGCACGUCUUCGCAUUGUGUCUGAACAAGUUGAUAUCAUUGAUAACCUCAUAAUUUCUGUUUCGAUAGGUCCUCCCAACUCACAGUUCUUAAAGUCAAAGGAGAAAAGUACAUGGACUGCAAAAGAUGUUGCUGAUUCUGUUUUGUCUGAUAAGUCUGCUUUGCGUGUAACCUCAACUCAGCGAUUGGCUGAAAGUUCACUUCUUGAUGCACAUACUUCUGAAAUUGAUGGUGAGCCCUAUUGGUACUAUGAGUACCUUGUUCGGAAAUCACCAACCAAAACAGCUCAAGAAACGAAUCUUUUUCGUCACUAUGCUGCUUCGACAGCUGAACGAGAUGGUUAUUUGUAUACUUUUAGCGCUUCCACUCUUGGCAAGCAAUGGGACAAAAUGGGGCCGUUCUUAGAAAAGUCGGUGGCAUCUUUCCGACUUCUUCCUCCCACAGAAAGCUAUGUUCCUCCGUACAAGGAUCCCUGGAGGUUUUGGUGAUUGUGUUGCGAGGUGUGGCUAGGGUUACUAUUUUGUACCUGAUAGCAAAUAGUCAGAGAUCCAAAUGUGGUUAGCAAGUGAGAAAUUACAUUGCAGUUUUUUCUUUGAUAUCGAAAAUAUACUUCAAGCUAAGCUUGAGCUUGCAACCAGCGUGUGUUAAGCAAUUUUGGCACGAAACUCGUGCCAAUGCAGCCGCUACACGUUUGUGAGACAACAUUGCAAUUCUUGAAUGCAAUUUUGGUGCAAUGAUGACUACAAAUUCUCUUAGAGGCUCUUUGCCUGCCAAUAGAUCAUCUCCAGGCUUGAAUUUUCUGCAAAAUGCAGUUGCAGUUUUUCAAGUCUCUUUUGCUUUUGGAUGGGAGGUUCUAUUAGAUGAAGAAUAUGAAUGGCAUUUGUAAUAUAGAGAUGAUAUUUGGAGGACUUGUUUGUAUUUUUCUGUCUAUAGUGUAAUUGCAUGUUUCUCUGAAAUGAAAAUAUAUUUUUAAAAAAUCUA